AUGGCAUCUACCCCAGACGAGCACUCUGCGAAGCCCGGGUUGAAAGAGCAUCUACACAGCUUCUUCAAAGCACCCUCCAAACAUGAGAGUUCUGGAGAAGACAGAACACAUGUUGGUGAAGAGUCACCAAACGAUCAUGAAAUCACACAAGUUUCGAGAGACGCUCAGGCCGGUGUGCAAAGGAUUCAAGCAGCAACAACCGUCUGGACCAGAACAAAUCUCAUCGGUGCACACGUCUGCAUCUGGUUCAUCUACUUUGUCAUCUCAAUGGAAGAAGUCGUCCUUCGCUCCUUGAAUCCUUAUGUCACCAGUUCAUUCUCGCUACACUCUCUGACAUCGGCAACAAAUAUCAUGUCAAGCAUCAUUGGCGGAUUAGCCAAGAUUCCGACCGCGAAGAUACUCGACACUUGGGGCAGACCCCAGGGUAUUGGUUUGAUGACAUUCAUUUGGAUUAUUGGAUACAUUAUGAUGGCUUCAUGUAAGAACGUACAGACUUACGCUGCUGCCCAAGUAUUCUCUGUGACCGGUGCGCAGGGAGUGAGUUACUGCCUCACAGUCUUCAUCUCGGACACAUCGACACUCAGGAAUCGAACACUCAUGCUUUCUAUCGCAACCUCGCCGUAUAUCAUUACCACCUGGCUAGGAGGCCCACUAUCCCAGAGUGUCAUACAAGGCCCUGGUUGGAGAUGGGGGUUCGGCAUCUUUGCUAUCACAGUUCCUCUGGUCGUAGCCCCCUUAGUAUUCCUCUUUCUUUACAAUCAGAGGAAGGCUAGGAGACAAGGGCUCAUUGAUCAUAUACACAUUAGCCUUCGUCCGUCGGCAUUGAGACGGUAUGCGAUCGAGAUCGACCUUCUCGGUAUCAUCAUUCUCGCAGGUGGUAUGGCACUUUUCUUGUUACCUUUCAGCCUUUACUCUUACCAAUCGGGCAAAUUUCGCUCCCCAAUGAUUAUUUGCAUGAUCACCUUUGGUGGCGCAUUGCUCAUCUUUUUCGCCUUCUGGGAGAGAUUUUGGGCGAAGAAAACGUUCAUCCCCUUCGAGCUCCUGAUGGACAGAACAGUCUUCUGCGCCGGGCUGAUGUUCGUUUGUGUGUUCUUCAACUCAAUGGUCUGGGGAAGCUACUUCUUCUCUAUGUUACAGGUGGUAUGGGGUCUCAGCAUCACAAAUGCAAGCUACGUUAGUGCCAUUUACCGCGUGGGUUCUUCACUCUGGGCUGUUGUGGUUGGGCUCUUGAUCCGGUGGAGUGGCAGAUUCAAAUGGCUGGCGUUGUACUUUGCAAUUCCCCUGAUGAUGCUUGGGGUUGGGCUGAUGAUACAGUUUCGUCAGCCCAGCAGUGAUAUUGGCUACGUCGUCAUGACUCAGAUCUUUGCGGCCUUUUCAGGCGGGACGAUUGUGCUUUGUGGAGAGUUGGCUAUGAUGGCUCCGUCAAAUCAACAAAAUAUCGCCGCCAUUAUCGCCAUCUUGAAUUUAUUCGGUAGUAUUGGAAGCGCCAUGGGAGGUGCGGUGGCCACCGCGAUCUGGACCAGCGUUUUCCCAGCCGCUCUUCGAAAGUAUCUCCCCCCAGAAGUAGAUGCGGACAAGGUCUACGGGUCGAUCAUCGCUCAGAUGUACUAUAGACCUGGCACACCUGCUCGAGAGGCAAUCAAUCGGGCGUAUGGUGAGGCACAACGUUACAUGCUUAUUACAAGUCUCGCAUUGUUGGGUGGUGCAUUGAUAUGUGUGGCGCUUUGGCGGGAUAUUCGUAUCAAGGACAUGAAGCAAGUCCAAGGUCGUGUUAUAUAG